CUGCUUGGCGGGCAGAUUCUUUACGGUUGAGCCACCAGGGAAGCCCUCUUGUUGGUUCCCUAGCUGCAUCAUAUUUUCUAGUUCAGCGGAGUGAUUCAUUAAAAAAAAAAAAAACCUGAAACUGCCUGCCAUUACACUCAUGUCUCAGGAAGACCUCAUACUACACUGUUGCAAGUACUGAUGCACAGCUAAUUGCACUGUGAGGGAUUUGGGCUUUUUGAAGCUUAAUGGUUUUUUCAGCUGAUAACAAAUAUCACAGAAUAAAUUUCCUUGGCACAACAUCCCACCAAAAGAAAGCGGUGAACGUUUUCUAACCCGGUCUGGUGUUAUUCCAGUAGUGGGAAUUUCCACACCAGAAACGUGCUGUACCUUUGGCGUGAAUGGGCUCAGGCGGGAUGGUGAAUGAGCUUUGAUCUCACUCUUGGUGUCGGCUGGAAUCGCACAGUGCGCCAGCUGAAUCUCUCUCUCUCUCUGUGCUUCUCCCCAGAAGCCCCUUGUGCGACGCCGCUGAUCUGCAGCUUCGGGAGGCCGGUGGACCUGGAGAAAGACGACUACCAGAAGGUGGUGUGCAACAAUGAGCACUGCCCGCACAGCACCUGGAUGCACCUGCAGUGCUUCUACGAGUGGGAGAGCAGCAUCCUGGUCCAGUUCAACUGCAUCGGCCGGGCCCGGAGCUGGAACGAGAAGCAGUGCCGCCAGAACAUGUGGACCAAGAAGGGCUACGACCUGGCCUUCCGCUUCUGCUCCUGCCGCUGCGGCCAGGGCCACCUGAAGAAGGACACGGACUGGUACCAGGUAAAGCGGAUGCAGGAUGAGAAGAAGAAGAAGUCGGGGUCAGAGAAGAACACCGGGAGGCCCCCCGGCGAGGCUGUGGAGGAGGCCAAGAAGUGCCGGCCGCCCUCCAAGCCCCAGAAAGGCUUGAGCCACGACCUGCCCCGCCGGCACUCCAUGGACCGGCAGAACUCGCAGGAGAAGGGCGGCGCCGGGGCCGGCGCGGCAGUCUACGGGGCGCGCUCGCCCUGCGGCUCCCCAGGCCAGUCCCCGCCCACCGGCUACUCCAUCCUCUCCCCCGCCCACUUCAGCGGCCCCCGCUCCUCCAGGUACCUCGGGGAGUUCCUCAAGAACGCCAUCCACCUGGAGCCUCACAAAAAGGCCCUGGCUGGGGGCCACGUGUUCCGAAAUGCCCACUUUGACUACAGUCCGGCGGGGUUGUCGGUUCAUAGGGGGGGCCACUUCGAUGCGCCCGUGCAGUUCCUCCGGCGCCUGGACCUGUCCGAGCUCCUGACUCACAUCCCCCGGCACAAGCUGAACACUUUCCACGUGCGGAUGGAGGACGAUGCCCAGAUGGGCCAGGGCGAGGACCUGCGCAAGUUCAUCCUGGCAGCCCUGAGCGCCAGCCACAGGAACGUGGUGAACUGCGCCCUGUGCCACCGGGCGCUCCCGGUGUUCGAGCAGUUCCCGCUGGUGGACGGAACUCUGUUCUUAAGCCCCUCGAGACACGAUGAGAUCGAAUACGAUGUUCCCUGUCACCUUCAAGGGAGGCUCAUGCACCUGUAUGCGGUAUGCGUGGACUGCCUGGAAGGUGUUCACAAGAUCAUCUGCAUCAAGUGUAAGUCACGGUGGGACGGCAGCUGGCACCAGCUGGGCACCAUGUACACCUACGACAUCCUGGCCGCCUCUCCGUGCUGUCAGGCCCGCCUGAACUGUAAGCACUGUGGGAAGCCGGUGAUCGACGUGCGGAUUGGCAUGCAGUACUUCUCCGAGUACAGCAACGUCCAGCAGUGUCCACACUGUGGCAACCUGGACUACCAUUUCGUGAAGCCAUUUUCCUCCUUCAAAGUUCUUGAAGCUUAUUGAUGAAAGCUUUGCUUUAGUAAUAGCUAUUUUAUUGAUAUUACUUUGUUACAUAUCUUUUCUAGGGAAGCCUUCUGUGAUAUUCAUUUCUUUUCUAAUUGAAAGGAGAGUUACUUUGUGUACGUGUGCCACUUAAAGGGGUCCUGCCCCUUGCCCUCUCUUGACUCCCACGUGUUAGUCUGUGGUCAUGACCAGCACCCAGCCAGGUACUCCUGUGAGCUUGGGGGAACGGUUCGCUAUCACUAAGAGUCUCUCAGGCAGCUUUUAGGGUGGUGGGGAGGAUGGGGUGAAUUUAGGAAAAGGAUUACAUGGUCAUAAACUGAGAGCAUGGAAGGAGUUGGGAAGAAAAUGUUAACUGUCUAAAGAUCCACUUUUAAGUCUUCUCUGGGCCGUGGGAAAAACAUGUGACAAGUGAAUGUAACCUGUGCCUGGAGAGCUGAUGGUGUGUUUGUCCUCUUUGGUUUGGCAUUCUGCAGCACACACUGACCUGCCGCUUCCCCUCACCGACAGAUCACUGGGAAGUGGACAUGAGCCCUGAUUCUAUCCCUGUUGUAUUCUAGCAGCCAGUUUUCAUACUGAAAAUAAUAUCCAAAUUAUAAGACAUAUGAAAACAAUGGGUGUCGCACAUAUUUUUAGGUAAAACUGACCCGUAACAAAGAGAACAUGCUAAAAGAAUUUGGAAAUGAUGCACACCGACUCAGAGGGCAAAAGGGCAGAACGCUGUCAUUUGAAUUGUAUCUUUGAGGUUUGUCAAACAAGCCUGUAAGGAGAAUUCCAUGAAUAACAUGAUUUGGGCGGUACUGAUUUAUAUAGGUUUAUACUGUCAAAGUGUCAUUUGAUAUCAGAUUCUUCUCACAGGUAAAUCUUACAGCCACAGACCCUAAUUGGUAAGUUUCACAAGCAAUCAUUGCACACUUAGCUUCCCCCCAAACUGCUUAUGGUUACAUUUUACUCUGUUAGUGCUGAGGUUCCAAAAUCAAAGAUUUGACCUUCAGAAGGAAUGGAAAAAAAUUAUUUGUGAAGCUUUGAGGAAAAGAAUAAUUUUAGUAUUUCUUUUUAAAGUGUUUCAUUUUGGAAGAUCACCAAUUAAAAUGCAUAACAAUAUGUUUGAGGAUAGAUUAUUCUAAAGAUCUCCAUGAUACCUUACCACUGUUGAAAAAGAUGGUAAUUUAUAGAACUUUGUUAGAGCAUUGAGCUUUCUAAAAUACAGCCUCUGUUUAUUAGAGUUUCCUGAUUUAAAUAGACUGACACCCCUUAUCUUUAUAAAACUGGAAUUGGAAUAUGAUUUUUCAAAAAAUGAAUUUGGUAAUUUCAGCUAUAAUACACACAUGUGUUAUAAGGAUGCUGAGAAUAUCCUUUUAUGGGUAACUAAAUUUGGGGUUAUGUGGAUAUUUUCUAUUAUUUAGUUUAUAUCAUUUCCCCCUCUCACCCCCAAGAAAAAACAGUUGUUUUUCCUCUCAGAAGUGUUUAGGCAUCAUUGCAAGUAAGUUUCAGUUCUGCUACAUGGAAUAUUUGAUGUUUUGUUUGAAAGAACACAGCUGACUGUGAGAGUUUGACUAAUACUCUUCGUCUUUCCGUUUGGAUGAUGAUAAUUUGGCUGACCACAUCUAGUUUGCAUCUAGUUUGAUAUUUGAUGAUCUGAAGACUAUUUCAGUGGGGGAAAUGCUCAAUGCUCAUAAGACGCAGCAAGUUGUUAUUAGCCUGACAGUCUUUGAUGCAAGGAAAAGAGGUCUAUAGGACAUAGCCCUUGCAAAUCUGUCUUUGAUACACAAAACUGUAACUGAAUCAGCUGUUUCCCUAUUGAUUCUCUGUCAUGUACCAGGUAUAAAAAAAUUGAGGCGUUUCUCUUGUCUUCAGCAUACCAUUGGAUUUUAUUUCUAAAUUUCAGAUGAGUAGUAAAAUAUUUGUAAUGCUGUUCUUAAACCCACCUAAAUUUCUAAAGAGAAACCUGCUUGUAUUAUUGUUCUGAAGCUUAAAAGCUUACAUGUAGAUCACCUACAUGCCCCUCAGCCUAAAACUAUUGCAAGUGUAGAUGCAUUCAGUAUUUUCCCCUUGUGUUGUUGUCUACUUUUGGAGAAAUAAGUAUGAGGAGGUUUCACUGUAGUUGAGUAAAAUGUGCUUGUGGCCUUUAUUUUGAUGGUUCUGUUAGGAUUCUGUGGGUGCUAAAUUGCUAUGCCUUUAUGGAAUUGCAUUCUUGUCUAAAAUGGAAAAUUUGGCAGAUUUGAGAAUAAAAUAUAAUUGAGUAUGCAACCAUGUGAAGAAUAAAUUUUAUUUUGGAAUCUGCUGACCUUAAUAUUUUCAUCAUACUUUCUAGAAGUACUUUGCUCUGAGUACCUUGAUAGGAAUUGGAAUAUACCACAAAAGAUGAUUAUUUUGGUUGAGGUUCAGAUGUUAAAGGAUAUUAGUCAUCCAAGAGGUCCAUUUUCUGUUUUUCUAAUAGUGUUCAAAGACAUGAACUCACUUAUAGGUAAUUUUUAUAUAUUUUAACUUGUUUUAUCAUUAUUUUUAAGAGUUAAACCUUGAACAAAUAAAAUUACCUGCUUUAGUUUAGUGGGAUGACUAUUUCUGAUGGUAUUGUCAUCUUCUCUGCAGGCUAGCUCAGUUCUUCACUCUCUUCUGUUUUCUGGUUGCAUUUGAAGCAAAUUGAUACACCUAUGGCCAUGAAGUUAGGGAGUGGGCUGAAUUAUCCCAUUGUAAUUAAGAAAGAGCUUUCUCCAAACAGAAUAUUCCUAGGUGUUUAAAUCCUAAAACUAACAGAUAAACUUUUAAUGUAACUUGUUAGAUCACCCAGACUAACUUGCUGAAAUCUUUCGUUUUGUCCGUAAGAUCAGUGCUUAACAUGCAGUCUCUACUCCUGUUUUCGGGUCAGUCACUCCAGUUUGCUCUUCUCUAGUCUCAUGGUAGCAGCUGUUGGGUCAUUGCAGUCAGAGGUUGGGGAGGAGGUGAGGAGAAAGUGCUCUUGUUCAGUGUUUUGGUUCCUGUAAAGGGAUGCUGCCUAACCCAACUCAUCUCUGUGUCCUGUUGACUUUAUUAUUAUUCCAGAUCACUGAAAGAAAACAUAAUGGAUGGGCGUCAUUAACACCAGCUCAAAAAUACAUUCUUGUCAGUAAAGAUUUCUUGUCAAGAUGUCUUGGAUUGCACUUUUGUUGAGAGAAGACAGUGUAAAUAGUUAAAGAAUGUUGAUAAAAUUGAAACAUUUGGAAUUGUGUGGUGUUAGAAGGUUUCUGUUUGUGAAAUGUAUGUAUUAAAAAUAAUAAAAUUUCAGAAACUAA